CCGUGUCCCCAUCGCCCCCUUGACGGAGGAGGGACCACUCCUGGCCGCUCUGCAGAGGGGGGUCGCUGCAGCUGCCCACGUCCCAGAUGGCGCCCCGUGGGAAGAAGCGCGGUGCCCAGAAGCCAGCCGAGGCCAGGGAGGAUGCAGAUGCACCGCAAAAGCGGGCCCGGGGCAGCCCCGGGGGCGCCGGCCCCCGUGUGGUCAUCGAGCACUGUAAGAGCUGACGCGUGUUUGGGCGCAACGCGGCGGCGGUGAGCGAGGCCCUGCGUGGGGCCAUGGCCCACCUGGCUGUGGAGAUCAACCCGGCACCACCGCGCAGGAACAGCUUUGAGGUGUCCCUGGUGAAGGAGGAUGGCAGCACUGUCGAACUUUGGAGCGGCAUCCGCAAGGGGCCGCCCCGCAAGCUUAAGUUCCCCGAGCCUGCCACCAUCGUAGAGGCCCUGAAGAGCAGCCUGGCCUAGAGACAGCGGCACAGCGAGCCAGGCCAGGAUUCGGGACCUACAGGACCAGAGCAUCCAUGAGGAGGCGUGAUGAAGUGGGGGGCACCAGCCAGCCCCAGUCUCGUCUCUGAUGCCGCAGCUCCCCCUGUGGGUACCGGGUGCUGGCACCCUUCGGUUCUGCUUGCCCACGCUUUCCCUCACCCACACAGCCCCUACCCUCGUGGUUGUCACGACUCCAGUUUUGCAAUAAAGCUGUGCAACCCCA